AUUGUAAUUAAUUUGUGUAGAAAAAAAAAACCCACAAAUUGUUGUGUUUAAUCAUAUUCUUAAAGACAUACUUAGGUUAUGCGGUGAAAUCAACAGAAUUGAGAACUACUGUUUCCUAUAACAAAUGUUUAUUACUUAUACAUAGAAAUCGGAGAUAAAGCUAUCAUUUGGUAAACUAACUAUAUAUGAGUAGUUAAUUUUUAAAUGUAUAUAUAACAACAUCGACCUUAACCAAAAAACAAGUGUAAUAGUUUGGUUGUUUUUUUAAUUUUAUGUAUUGACAAAUUUUUUAAUUUUUUAUGAAAACUUGCACUGCAAAGGAAGUAAUGGCUUACAAAUCGCUGUCAGAAUUUUCCCUAGAGGAUGAUUCGUUGUUUAAUCACGUGGAUACAAAAACUAACAUUUUCCAAAAACUGGAAUCAGUAGAGCAGACCUUCCAUGAACCCGAAAUUUUAAUUAUGUCAACUGAUUCAAAGAUCCAAUCAUUAAAAGUUAAUAAAAAUAAUUUGCCAUUAGAGAUUAGUGAAGAAGCUCAUUUUUUACCAUCGAAAACAUGUGGAAAGUCUGAAAUAACAUUAUUACCAAUAAAACAAGAGCGAAAAUCUUGUGGGCAUUAUGAACCAUGUGAAAAUAUUAUUUGUGACGUUAAUGUCCAGCACUAUGUCGAUCAACUAGGAUCAUCACCAAUGUUGGCUGUAAAUAUUGACGACUCAGAAAUAAAUGCAAAAGUUUCGAAGCACUGUAAUAAUUCAAGGUGUGACGCUUUAAGUAUUGAGCAUAAUCGUUGCAGAAGAGCAAUAAUUCGUCUUAAUCGAUGUGAUAAAUCUAACACAUGUGAUAUUUGUGGAGUAGUACUAAAAACUCGUAAGUCUCGAAUACAUCACGGAAAUUGUAGGCGAAAAAACGAGUAUAGGCAUAAUCCAGUUGAUGGAGCACAAAUAUUACGAGAAAAAAUGCGGGAACGAGAAUUACAAAUAAUGGAAGCAUUUAGAGUUCGAAAAAAUGACUAUAGUGAUCCGAUUACAUGUCACAAUAAAGCUAUAGAAAUGUUAAAAAAUAAUUCUGAACUCAUUGUUAUCCCUAAACUGAUGACACCAUUACAACCACCAGUUGUAAAUCAAAAAAAUCAUAUGAAUGAGACUAAAACUCUAACAAUCAAUGAAGUUUCUCAGAGUUUUGAUCAAUUGUUGAAAAACAUACCCAACAUAACGAUCAAAAAUUUACAUUCGCAACAAAAUGUUCCUAAUAAUAAAUUAAAUUCUAGCGAAAAGAAUGAGACUCUUUCCAAUUAUAAUAAAGUUGAUUCGACAAAUAAUGCCACAGCAGGAGAUAAUAAGUUUAUAAUAACUACAAUAUCUCAACCAACGGUGCCUCAUUCUUUUGUAAUAAAUGAUAGGAUUUUGACGCAACUCAAAUCAAACAUGGAAACAAACGUUCAAAAUCCUUAUAUUAUGCCAGUUAGAGUACUUCCAAUCACUAAUCUUAAGUCUGAGCCUUCUUUGCUUCAUCAAAUUCAGGGUAUUCCAAAGUUUUGUAUCAUUGCAGAUAAUCCUACACCAUCUGGAACAUUGAUUAAAAUUCCGCCUACUGGUACUCAAUCAUCACCUUCGUCAAAAUCAAAAUUAUCACACAAACCUUCAAUAUUAUUAAAAUCUAGAUCUAAUAAUAUUCCAAUCAAACCGAAACCAGCGAAUCCAGAAUUCACAGUAAUUAAUUCUUUUCAGCCUUUUAAACAUGAAAUUAUUAACCGAAGAAAAAGGAUUGAGCAAAAGCCGUUCAAGUGUGAAUAUUGUUCCAAAAGAUUUCUUACUGACUGGUAUUUUAGAUUGCAUAUUAUCAAGCAUAAAGGUGGAAUGGUCUUAAAAUGUAGUGAAUGUGAUCUGUCUUUUAGUAACACUGAAGAUUUAAACAAACAUGUUAGUGAUGAACAUAACGCUGAUACUGCCGAAAUUUCGUGUGGAAAUUCGGACAGUGAUGUUGAAAAAGAAAAAGAUGAUGAUAAAUGUAUUUCUUGUGAUGAUUGUGGAAAGAUAUUUGAUUCUGAUAAUGAAAUAGACCAACACGAGUGUAUAAAUAUAAAUGAUUUAGUUAGUACACAAACAAAUUUACUAAUCAGUAGCGAAAACUGAAACAGAGAUAAGGAAAUUAAUAGUAAUUGAUGUGUGUCGUAAAUGUGAGAAUGAGUAAUUAAAAAUAAUAAAAUAAAAUAGAUAAUAAGUCAUUCCAGUGAAGUGAAUACAUUUUGAAUGAAAUUUUGUAAAGCUUUGAGAGACUAGCAUGUAAAUUAUGUUAACAUAACAAUGACACUUGUUUUAGAUUAAUAUUGAUAUGAUAUAAAUAUUAGUAUUACUUUGAAUAAGUUUAUUACUAUAUUAGUAAUAGAGCAUUAGUGUUGAUAAAUAAAAUAAUUUCAUUUAAAAAA